AAGUUUAGGUUACUUAAAACAAAUAGUGAGUGAAUAACUUUAGACGUGUAUCAAGCUGCAUUACAAAUGGUUAUCGCACGACGUCCACCGUUUUAUUGAUAACGUAUGAAUUUAUAUAGAUUUUAUAUUUACAAAAAGUUAUUGUAAAGCAAUCAUAAUAUUAUGUGGAAAUUAAAAACAAUAAACGUAAACGUAAAAAGGAAUUAUAAAACAAAUACGUUUGGAUCUGAAUUAAACAAAAUAUCAAAAGUGUGAUACUCCAGACUUCUCCAAUUUAAAAAUGUUCAAAUAUAAAGUCGCAUACGCAGGUAACCAUAGUGUUGUGAAUAAUGACGUUAUAAAUGAAAAAAAUUGCUUGAACAGUGGUAAUUCACCCAAUGGAUCAACAGCGUUAUUGAAUGAAAUAUGUUCAACACAAAGAAAAAAUAAACUUUCAAUGACCCAUAAAAACUCAACAAAGUUAAAAAAUGUGCUAAAAAUUGAAAAUACCGUAUCUCGAAAUCAAGGGCAAAAUAGAAAUGAUAAUGUGAAUAUUACUCUUAAGAGAAAAGAACUACUCUUAAGAGAAAAGAGAACUAACUUUCACAAAUUUAAAAGUAGAGUGUUAUCAAAGGAUAUCAUUGAUAAAACUGAUAAAUAUAUGUCUAUGCCUUGGUUUGGUAUGGAUAUCGGAGGAACUUUAACAAAAUUAGUAUAUUUCGAGCCAAAAGAUAAAACUGUCCAUGAACUUGACAGAGAAGCUGAAGUAUUAAGAAAUAUAAGACGAUAUUUAACGAAAAAUUCUGCUUAUGGCAAAACUGGACAUCGGGAUACACAUUUACAGAUGGACAAUGUUGAAAUUCGAAAAAGGCGAGGAUCUUUACAUUUCAUUCGAUUUCAGACAGCAGAUAUGCGUAAUUUUUUGUCAUUGGCCAGACAAAAGGGAAUGGCUGAAUUGCUAACAACGGUUUGUGCUACUGGUGGAGGUGCUUUCAAAUUUGAAAACGAAUUUCGAAAGGAAGUAAACAUGAAACUUGCAAAAUUUGACGAAUUGGACACAUUAAUUAAAGGAAUUUUGUUCGCAGAAGUUCAAAAUCGAACCGAAUGUUACUAUUACGAAAAUGGCACAGACAUAAUGAAAAGUGAAAAGAGAGCAUUUGAUUUUUCAAAACCAUAUCCUUUCAUACUUGUUAAUGUUGGAUCUGGUGUAUCAGUUUUAGCAGUAUAUGGACCAGAUAACUACAAACGUGUUUCUGGAACCAGUUUAGGAGGUGGCAGCUUUUUGGGACUAUGCUGUCUUUUAACAGGUUGCAAUACAUUUGAAGAAGCAAUUCAACUUGCUACGAAAGGUGACAAUAAAAAAGUAGAUAAAUUAGUCAGAGAUAUAUAUGGUGGUGAUUAUGAACGAUUUGGUCUUACAGGUGAUUUAGUGGCAUCCAGUUUUGGACAGAUGCAUUUAGACGAUAAAAGGUCGGCUGUUUCACGAGAAGAUCUUGCAAAUGCAACUUUGGUGACAAUUACCAAUAAUAUUGGUUUGAUUGCAAGAAUGUGUGCUUUAAACGAAAAAAUAGACAAGGUUGUUUUUGUUGGCAACUUUUUACGAGUUAAUCCAAUAUCUGCAAAACUUCUAGCCUAUGCAAUGAAUUUUUGGUCAAACGGCAACACAAAAGCAAUAUUUUUAGAGCAUGAAGGGUAUUUUGGUGCUCUGGGCUGUUUAUUACAAUUUAAUGGAGAAAUUGCUGCAGCUUUGAUUGAUAAAACAGAAAAUAUGCAGAGGCGUAGUUCAUCAAAUGCGACGUCAAAUAUACAAAAUAUAAGCCACGAAAAGAACGGUGAAAGUUAAAAUAUUUAAUUAUUAGUUUGCAUUAUGUUUUUAGUCUAUGUAUGAUGACUAUUUAUAUUAUGCGUUCCUAUUUUCUUAUGUAUGUGCAGGGUGUUAGUGUUAUAAUUAUAUUUUUGUAGUUAAUUUUGAAAAUGAUUUAAACUAUUAAGAUUUUAUAAAAAUAUUUUCUAUAUUAGACAAAUUUAAAGGCACAAACAAAUAUAUCUUUACAUUAAAAUGAGAUAGUGAUCUAUGAUAUAUAAUUCUAUUAGCAUUUUGUAUAAAAUUGUACAAUUUUA